GCUCCCGCCCGCUAUUUAAAGCUCUCUCAGACGACGAACUCCUUCCCAUAUCUCCUUUCACCUCUCAAUCGAUUUCAGUCCCGGACCGAAUCGAAGAUGAUAGCCUAUUUGCUAGAUCGGUACCUGCCGGAAAACGACUCUUCCGAUUCGCCGCCGGAGCACGGAAACGACGGCGUUUCUGGACUCGACGAUCUGAAGGGGAGCGUAGACUGCGGCUCAAUUUCGACCUCCUUCGCCGCGAAGGACUUCGGCGGCUUGCAUGCCGUUAAGCCGCUGGCGGUUGUUAGACCGGCCGAUGCGGAUGACGUGGCGCGGGUUGUUAGGAUGGCGUUGCGGUCCCCCUCCCUCACGGUUGCCGCCAGGGGUAACGGCCACUCCAUCAACGGCCAGGCCAUGGCAAACCGCGGCGUCGUCCUCGACAUGAGAUCCGUCCCCGGCUCCGAGCUGAACCGGAUCGCCGUCUCCGCUCAUUGCUCCGAUUCCGGCGGUGGCCCGUACGCCGACGUCGGCGGCGGCGCAUUGUGGUCCGACGUGCUGAAGCACUGCGUGUUCGGGUACGGUUUGGCCCCGCGGUCGUGGACGGAUUAUCUCGAUUUAACCGUCGGCGGGACUCUGUCCAACGCCGGCGUCAGCGGCCAGGCCUUCCGCUUCGGCCCGCAAACGUCAAAUGUAACGGAGCUGGAAGUCGUUACCGGUAACGGCGUUAGAACCGUCUGUUCUCCCUCCGUUAAUUCCGAACUCUUCUUUUCCGUUCUUGGCGGUCUUGGCCAAUUCGGCAUAAUCACCCGCGCCAGAGUCUUGCUCCGACCCGCCCCGGAUAUGGUGAGGUGGAUAAGGGUGGUUUACAGUGAGUUCGACGAGUUCACUCGGGACGCCGAGUCACUGGUGACUCGGGGCAGCUCGUUUGACUACGUAGAAGGAUUUGUGUUCGUCAACAGUGAUGACCCGGUCAAUGGCUGGCCAUCCGUGCCGAUGGACUUGGACCGGCGGUUUGAUCCGACCCGGAAACCAAAGAAUGCUGGUCCGGUUUUGUAUUGCCUUGAGGUGGCCCUACAUUACAGAAAUCACGACCAUCCCUCCGCCGUUGAUUUGAAAGUUAAGGAAGCGAUGGAAGGACUGAGCUACGGCGAGAAUUUGAGGUGGGAAACAGAUGUGAAGUACGUUGACUUUCUAUCGCGCGUGAAGAGAGCAGAGAAGUUGGCUAGAGGGAACGGGAUAUGGGAUGCCCCGCACCCCUGGCUCAACCUCUUCGUCUCCCAAUCCGACAUGGCUUGCUUCGAUCAGCUCGUGUUUAAGAACCUGCUCAAGCAUGGGGUCGGCGGCCCCAUGCUUGUCUAUCCUUUGCUUCGCUCCAAGUGGGACAGCCGAACUUCAGUGGUACUGCCGGAAGGGGAAAUAUUCUAUCUAGUGGCACUUCUCCGGUUCAGCCUUCCAUAUCCGGCCGGUCCGCCGGUCCAGCAGCUGUUGGCUCAGAACCGGGAAAUAGUCCAAACUUGCCUUAAAAACGGGCUGGAUUUCAAACUGUACCUUCCACACUACAACUCGACGGAGGAAUGGGAAAAGCAUUUCGGGAAUCAAUGGUCAAGAUUUGUCGAGAGGAAGUCAACGUUUGACCCAAUUGCUAUUCUUGCCCCUGGACAAAAAAUCUUCACCAGAAGCCAACAAUUCUGAAGUUAUUUUUUGUAAAAACACCCUAACGAUUUCCCUUGUAAAUAAAUGCUUUUCAAGUGAUUAACUACUUGUAGGAGAAUUUGUUUGGUAAUCUAGAAUAUAAUAUCUAAAAAGUUAUAUAUUUUAAUUUCUGUGUUUAAAGUCUGUUUUUUAAAAUUUAUUCUCAUUAAUAUUUUUUGAAUGAAAAUUCAAAUACUUUGAUUGACAGUUUCACAAUUAAAAUUACAAUGAAUUU